AUGCCGAAGCUUCCCCGAGGAAGGAGAAUCCGAGUGAGAAUAAAGCCUGUCCUGCUUAUAUGUGUGUAUACACCUAGUAAGGUGUUCGUGCGGCAGACGGCUUACGGAGCGGUAAAAACAUGUGAAAAAUCCAGACUCACAAAGUGGAGCAGUGGAGAAAUAACAGAAGAUUUCCUGGCAACAUAUCAUGCCAACUAUGGCUUCCAUGCAGAUGAUACAGACAGUUCAUCUGCUUCUGGCACAGCAACUGAAAAUAAGCAACCAGUAAGUUCUAAGACAUCAGGAACACAACCAUCAGCAAAUGAGAAAGGACCACAACAAACAGAUCCAAAACAAAAAGCAGAAAAACGGAAGCUUGAGCCAGGUUGGUUCCAUGUUGAAGAAGACAGAAACACAAAUGUUUAUGUGACUGGUUUACCUCCAGACAUUACAAAAGAUGAAUUUAUACAAGUCAUGUCAAAAUGUGGUAUCAUUAUGCGAGAUCCUCAGACAGAAGAACACAAAAUCAAGCUUUACAAAGAUAAGGAAGGAAAUCUUAAAGGAGAUGGCCUCUGUUGCUAUCUAAAGAGAGAAUCAGUUCAACUUGCAUUGAGACUUCUGGAUGAGGCAGAAAUUAGAGGCUAUAAAUUGCAUGUUGAAGUUGCAAAGUUUCAACUGAAGGGGGAGUAUGAUGCAAGCAAAAAGAAGAAGAAAUGUAAAGACUACAAGAAGAAGUUGUCUCAACAGCAGAAACAGCUGGAUUGGAGGCCUGAGAAGAAAGAUGGCGCAACUCGAAUGCGACAUGAACGCAUCGUUAUUAUCAGGAAUAUGUUUCACCCAAAGGACUUUGAGGAGGAUCCCUUAGUGCUAAAUGAGAUCAGAGAAGAUCUGCGGACAGAAUGUGAAAAGUUUGGUCAAGUAAAGAAGGUUCUCAUAUUUGAUCGACACCCUGAUGGUGUGGCUUCUGUGUCAUUUAAAGAAGCAACAGAAGCUGAUCUGUGCAAGCUAACUCUAAAUGGAAGGUGGUUUGGUGGCCGUCAGCUCAGUGCUGAAACAUGGGAUGGUGUAACGGAUUAUCAGGUGGAGGAGACUGCAAGAGAAAGGGAAGAAAGGCUCAAGGUGUGGGGAUCAUUUUUAGAGGAUCCUGAUGCAAAGGAGCAGCAACCUACAUCUGAUUCGGAUUCCGCAACGAGUAGCGUUAAACUACGUGAAGACAGACAACCUUCAAAAGUUAAUGACACAUCUAAGGAUGUAAAUGAUGAAGCCCAGAAGAGGGAGAAUAAUGGUGAGGGCAUUAGUGAAGAUGGUGCUCCAUCUACAGACAGCAGCCUUGCAGGCAGUGAUGUUGAAGCAGAUACAUAACACCUUUAAUGCUUUAUGAAAGCAUGGUUUUUAGGGUGAUGUUUGAGUUUAUCCCUUUCUUCAGGGUGACUGCAGACAAUGUUCAUAUGAAUAUAUGCAUAUUAGAAUGUCAUCAGCUGUGUGCUUUGAAGUUUUCAUUAAAAGCAGUAUUUAAUGAGAUUCUAAAAGUUUGUAGUAAUUGGCUGUUCAGGUAAAGUAACUCAAGUUGCCAAGAAUGCAGUAAAACUCAUCAGGCUUCUUUUGUUCUAACUAUGCUUGUCAGUGUUUCAUUAUGUAAGUGUGAAAUAUGUUCCAACCCUUAAGUCCAUGUAACUAUGUGUAACUUAAGUAAUGCAAAGCUAUUACAAGAUUUAUGGAUUUUACUGUUAAUUUUCCUGUACCCCUUGGAACUCG